AAAUGGAUCAAGGAAGCUUUGGUUCAAACCAGCAAAGUGCUUAUACUGCAGUCCCUAUGGUAAUGCAGUCAUCAUUUGUGCAGCAACCUGUCUACCAUAGUUACAUGCCUGGAGCACAACAAAUUCAAAAUGUAUAUAGUCCAAACCAUACACUCAGGUCCGAUGUAUAUCAGCAUCACGCCCAGUUACAGUCAGUGGCACCUCAGACUGCAAGUCCUCAAGGAUUGAUGUUUUUGUCAAAUAUACCCCCUCCUUUUACCCAAGUGCCCCCGCGAGGUCAAGCAAUAUAUUACCCUCCCACUCCCCCUCAGCAGUAUAUGUCCGCUGCCCAACAACCAGACACCGCAUACCUACCUGCAAGUUUACCCCCUUUGAUACCUCAUCAUCCUCAUGAAAACUUGAGUAUACCACCUUCCUCAGUGGCAGCACAAUGGUCGGUAGCUGCGUCACCACCAUCACCCUUCAGAUUGCCUGUAACACCAAGAAGUAGCCCCCUGCCAAUCAGCUUUACACCAACUGUGAUACCUUCUCGUCUGAAAUUACUUGCAGAGCAUUAUGCAGUAUCUAAGAAUGAAAAAUCAAACACUUCAUCCGACAUGUCCAUGAAAAGUUCCUCUCAACACGGAAUUAAAGUAAGAAAUUCAGUGACUGCAACAACAGCAGAUUCAACUAAGUCAGUUAUCUCACCAUCCUCUGGUCCAAAUUUUCCAAAGUUAUUAUCAGCUGAUAGAGGGAUUGAUAUCAAAAAUAGUGAAGAUGAAAACAGUAAAACUGAUAUACAAAAUCUAGUUGAUUACUAUGUUAAUAAACAUGUUGGUUUAAGUCAUCCAAAAGUUGUGGAUAACGGUCAAGUUAAACAAAUGGACAAAAGUGAAACGGAAGCAUCUUCUAAAGAUAAUCUCAACAACAACAAUAAUGCAGCUGAAAGUGAUACCAGUGAUCUUAAGAAAGGUCUCAAGUUUCCAUACAAACUUGAGGAAAAUUCAAAUGUCAGCAGUAAUGUGAUGAAGAAAAACAGUGAUGUGCUUAACUGGUUGUCAAAAUCAGAAAGUGAACCUGGUGAAGGUUAUCCAGAUACUUUGGUAGAGGAACUCAGCAAUGAAAGUGUAUUGAAAGAGGUUAAUGGUGAUGUAACAUUGGCAACAGGAGAACAGGAGAGACAUCAUUGCCCCAAGCUUGAUGUCAGAAAGAAUUCUGUUGAUUCAUUAAAGUCGGAAGUAGCACUUGUCAAUGAAUAUGUGGCUACUAAUGAUAAUUACGCAGCGAAAAAGAUAAACAAUUUCUUUGAAGCUGGUUCUGAUGUUGUUAUAGAAGAGCAUGAAUUAUUAUUGCAAAAUAUGACAGAUGAUUUUAGCGAAUACAGUCAAGAUAAUAUUCUGAUCGAGGACAAUGGUGGUAUCAGAUCAGAUAUUGUUCAUGAAGCUAAAGAAAACAUUCUACAUGUGAAGAAGGGAAAAGAUGAUUCGGAUGAUUUUGAGAAAUUCUUUUUUAAAGUGACUGCAUCAAGACAUGGGAUAUCCAUUUCAAGUCCUGAGAAAGAGCCUGAUGUAGGUAAUGGUGAGGUUCCAAAUAGCUCUCAGUCUCUGAAAACUGUAAAUGAUAUAAGCAGUGUUGAGGGUUCACAGAGUGAUGUUGGGGAUGCAUUUAAGUUGAAGGCUUCUCAAAGUGGAAUCAUAGUGCAAGAUCCCAGAGAGAGGGCAGAAUUUUCCACAGACAGUGAUGCUGAGCUAGACCAGUCUUACAGAGAUAGGGCAAAUUUGCAAAGAAAAAGACAUAUGUCAACCCCAGUUCCAUCUAAUAUAAAACUUGAUCCAAAAAUACCAGAAUUUAAACCUAGGUCAAGGAAGAGGGCAGUAUCAUGUGGACUGAGAGCUGAGGCAAUUUCUGAAGUGGAUCAUAAGAAGGAAAUUGACUCGACUAUAAGAGCUGAUGCACCUGCCUUUGUACCAAUUUGGAAAACAACUGACCCAAAGAAAAAUAAUGACAUUAUUCCAUCGGAACAAAAAGAACAGAAACAAGAAAGUACAGCUCAAAUUGACAAUACACCAUUGUCAAAAGAGUCAGCAUCUAACACAACCGUGGCAAUUCAAGCUCAACCUGAUACUUCUGAUGUUAAUGUAGAAACUGUUAAAAUAGUUACAAAAGAAUCCAGCACAGUUACAUGCACUUGUGAAUGUAGAGAUGUUAGUGUUAACACUGUUACUGAUGCAGAAAUAGAUGGUGAAAAUGAGGUUGUUAAAAGAUCAUCAAGAAGAUUCUCCAGUAAAGCAACUAAUACAGAUAUGUCCAACAAGAGGACGAUUGGAACACAGCAUUCUACAAAAGAGAAAGUAAAGCCACAAAUGAAUGAUCAGGACACUAUGACAGAAUUAUUGCCAGAGUUAGGUGAAGGCUGUGGAGGACCUUGUUUAGAUGUUUUAGGAGCGGCACAGAUACUGCAGAAACAGGCUGUUCUGAUGAAAAGUAUUGGGCAGAUUCAGAAUGAGAUGAAAGAAUCAGAAGUGACAGAGGGAAAAUUUCAAAUAAAAGACAAUGUUCUUAAGUUUGUUCUGGAUGUAAUUGGACUGUUCACUGAAAGAGUUGAACCUUGCAAGUUGAAGAAUGAGAUAGAGAGAAAACUCCAGGUGUUUGUAGAUGAAUCAUUAAUUCAUGCAAAGUCAGUUUCCGUGGAUACAGUUUCCUCCAGUCAACCAGGUGAUAUAGGUGAAGGUCUACCAGACGUCUCCAGUCAUCUACCUGGGAUACAUGAAACAGAAAUAGGAAUACACAAUGGUACCAGUCUAGACUCACAAGAAAUUGGAAGUGCAUCUAGAACCAGCCCAGAGACACAAAAUGUUAGUGGUGUAUCUAGAACCAGUCCUGAAAAGCAAAAAUAUUAGCAGUGUAUCUAGGAUUAAUCCAGAAACUCAAGAAUAUAAACGGUAUAUCUACAACCAGUCCAGAGAUGGUUUGAUAGUAGUAGGGCAUUUUGAACUAGUCCAGACACAAAAGAUAUAAGUAUUGUAUCUAGAAGCAGUCUAGAGGCACAAGAUAUAAACAGUGUAUCUAGAACUGGUUCAGAGAUGCCAGAUAUUAGUGGUGUAUCAAAAACCAGUCCAGAGACGCAAGAUGUCAGUGAGAUAUCUAGAAGCAGUCCAGACACAAAAGAUGUAAGCAAUGCAGCUAAAACUAGUCCAGAUACACAAUAUAUUAGCAGUGUCUCUAAAACCAGUACAGACAAACAAGGAAUCAGUAGAAUAUCUAGUACCUGUCUAAGCAUUCCAAUGAGUGAG